GGGGAGCGGGUUCAGGCACCGCUAGCACUACUGGCAGAAUGGGACAUUGAUGUGGCCCAGGCAAAUAGGGCUCAGGCCCAAAGAGACGUGCCAAGGAUGCCUGCACUGGAUGCCACCCUCUACAGGCAAGGCUCGACCGACCCCCGCGAUGUUGCUGUGGGUGGAUAUAACAGCCUGAAAACCAAGUUGGAGACCGGUGGCAGCAGCAAGCAAGCAAGACUGCAUCUCCUCAGUCGCUCUCUCUCUCUCCCCCCACACCCCCACCUUCUCCUUCCAUCGCACAAGGAGCUGCCCCCCUUAUCCACACAUAGAUGCCCGAGAUGUUUGCCAUCAACUGCCACCAUUGGGAGAAAAAAUAAAUCCUGGGCACGUCUAAAGCCAGAGGAUCAGGAGGAGAGCAUUGAAUCAUCUUGUCACUUUGGACUGGAAUGGGAUUUUCUUGCUGCUGGGCUGCACACAAGCCUUUCACAUCUUCUCCAGGAGUCUUGGGUGAGAAUGAAGCGAUUUACAAUGCAAAUAGAGGCCUGGCCAAGGGAUGGAUGCACACUGGGAGCUUGCUGGUGGUCUGUGCUGCACACACAUCAGUGGAUUAUUACUGAUGGGAAUAACUCGCCAGGAGCAAAGUUGGGGAUAAACUUUGAUGGCAACAGAUCUCUGAUGGCUUGGUUAUGGAGACCAUGGCUGGUGAUCGGGAGCGAUGUGUUUGGCCAGGGGAUUGUUACAACAAGAGACUGCUCUACAAGCCCCAUCCAAGCCUCAUGUGAUGAUCUUCAGAGGGAUGGUGGAUCGCUGGCACCUGGAUACACGAGAAGUGGUUGUUAUCUUUGGUUAUCUAGCUGUAUGAGUUUAUCGCUUUUCAUAAAGCUAGAUAACCGAAAGUAAAAACUCCUUCCAGAACAUCACACCGCUGAAGGAUGUACAAUCCACACACAAGGGGACUGCUGGAACUGACUCAGCCAAUCACAAAUUGGACCCCCCCCCC